AUGGGAAGUUGUUCUGGGCUAUGUUCAAAAAUAACUGUUGAUAAACCUAUAAUAGUUAAUGUUUCAGAGAUUGAAGUGAUAGAAGGAGCACUUAGUGAUGAAUAUUAUCAUCUAUCAGCAUAAAUGUCAUAAUAAGUGGAGGAUAAACACAUUUUGAGAUUAGAAACAGGUGCUAUAUAUGAAGGAGAAUUAUUGAAUGGAGUAAGACAUGGAAGAGGAAAAUAAAUUUGGCCAGAUGGUAAUAAAUUUAGUGAAAAAAGGAUCUUAUUAUAUAGGAGAUUUUGCGAAUGAUAAAGCUUAGGGUCAUGGGAAAUUAGUGAAUAUAAGUGGGAAUAUAUAUGAAGGAUCAUGGAUGGAUGAUAAGGCAAAUGGAUUUGGUAAAUUUGUAAGUACAGAUGGAUCAUAUUAUGAAGGAGAUUGGAUGAAUGAUAAAUAACAUGGUUUUGGAAAAGAAUAAUGUUAAAGUAAAAAUUGGAAAAGAUAAUUUAGAUGGAUCUUUUUAUGAAGGAGAAUUUUAUAAAGGAGCUAGACAUGGUAAAGGAAAACUAGUUACAAAAGAUGGUUGUCAGUAUAUUGGAACAUUUGAAAAUGGAGUAAUAAGUGGAAAAGGUAUUUAUAUAUAUCCAACUGAGAUAAGGUACGUAUAAAUGGCCAGAUGGUAAAACUUAUGAAGGAGAUUUUAAACAUGGAUAAUUAUGGGGUAAAGGAAUUAUGAAAUGGGAAGAUGAUAGGGAAUAUAUAGGAGAUUUUAAAGAGGAUAAGAGACAUGGUUUUGGAACUUAUAAAUGGAAUGGUAGAAAAUAUGUAGGAGAAUGGUUAAAUGGAUAAUAACAUGGAAAAGGUAUUUAUAUAAGAGAGGAUGGACAAUAAAGAGAAGGAAUUUGGUAGUAUGGAAUUAGAGUUAGAUGGAAUGAUAAGGUAUAAACCUAAUAAGAUUAAGAAACAACUCAAAACUGA